CUCUGCAGGCGUGUGAAGCAAGGGAGAUUCCACUUCUAUCUGAGCCAAGCCUGAUCGGAGCGAGGAGCAAACAUGACUGACGUGGCAAUCAAGGCCGAGAGACUUCUAUCUGCAUCUAAAUCUGUUCAUAAAUCAUACGUGCCAAAGACGGCCAAGGGUGAUGUUAAGACUAAGUUCGAAGCCAUGCAGAAAGCUCGGGAGGAGAGGAGCCAGAGGAGAACGGGAGAAGAGAAGAAGAGGAGGAAUGAACAGUAUAAGAAGGAGAAAGAAUGGACAAAGAUAAAACAGGAGUAUCGCCAACUCCUUGCUUCAGAUGAGGAAGAGGAAGAUAACUCCAACGAACUGAAGAAGGCGUACGUCCCCAAGAUGACAGGGACCGUCAAGGGGAAGUUUGCGGAAAUGGAGAAGCUGAGGCAAGAGGAGGAGAGGAAGCGGAUGGGGGAAGAGCGGAAGAGAAGGAUCCAGCAGGACAUCCUGGAGAAGAGGAAGUUGCAACGUGAACUUGCGAAGAGAGGUGCAGAGGAGAAAGACGAGGACAAGGGGGCUAAGGCCGGCGGCAAGGGUGAGGCCCGCCCCGGGAAAUUAAAACUCAGCUUCGAAGAGCUGGAGAGGCAGAGACAAGAGCAGGAGAAGAGGAAGGCGGAGGAGGGGUCGAGGCGGCGCAUGGCGGAGGAGAAGGCGGCCUUCGCUGAAGCUAGGAAGUCUCUGGCUGACGACGAGGAUGAGGAAGUGGACGAUGAUGGCUCGGAGCUGAAGCUGGCCGCAAGGCCGGGGAGGCUGAGGCUGAGCUUUGAGGAGCUGGAGAGGGAGCGGCAGGAGGAGGAGCAGCGCAGGGCAGAGGAGGAGGCUCGGAAACGACUGGAGGAAGAGCGGAAACAAUUUGCCGAAGCUCGCAGGAGCAUGACUCCAGACCAGGAUAGCACACUGAAGGAGCUUACAAGUUCAGACAAGGAGGAUUAUGGACCCAAUGAAUUACUCGAUGACGACUCCACCGAGUUUGAGAAAUCGGCCGCUGACCCCAACGAUUCGCACUGCCCACGUAAAUUGGAGAUCAAGUUUGAGGAGCUGUUGAAGCUGAAGAUGGAGGAAGAGAGAAGGCUUGCAGAAGAGGAGCGGAGGCAGAAACUAGAACUGGAGAAGCAGGAAUUUGAGCAGCAGCGACAGGAACUGGGGGAGGAUGAGGUCAAUGAAUCCACUGAAGUCAUAAGUACGGAAUACGAGGAGCUGAAGAACCUGAAAAGAACCGGUUCCAUUCAGGCCAAGAAUUUAAAGUCAAAGUUUGAGAAAAUUGGCAAGCUGUCAGAAGAGGAAAUACAGAAGAAGGUGGAGGACGAGAGAGCCAGGCGGAGAGCAGAAGAUCUGGAAAUCGAGGAGAGGGAAUCCGAGCGCUUUAGGGAGGAAGAAAUAGUGGAGGUGAAGGAGCCGAGGAGAAGCAACCCUCCAUUCACCCACAAGGUAGACAUGCGCGCCCGCUUUGAGCAGAUGGCUAAAGCCAGAGAGGAUGAAGAGCGGAGAAGGAUUGAAGAACAGAAACGUCAACGGAUGCAAUUUGAGCAGAAGGAAAUUGACGCAGCUCAGCAAAAGAAAGGGGACGAAGAGGAGGAGGAAGAGGAAGGGAGCAUUGUUAACGGAACAACCUGCGAGGAUGACAUGGAUGAUCUCAUACGAUCCGGAGCUCCCUGGUUCAAGAAGCCGCUCAAGAACACGUCGGUGGUGGACGGCGAGCCGGUGCGAUUCACCGUGAUGAUCAUGGGGGAGCCCACGCCAGAGGUGACGUGGUGGUUCGAGGGGGAAACCCUGCAGGACUGCGAGGACUAUCAGUACAUUGAACGGGGGGAGACCUACUGCCUUUACCUGCCCGAGACCUUCCCCGAAGAUGAAGGAGAAUACAUGUGCAAGGCAGUCAACGCCAGAGGAACGGCUGCCAGUACUUGCAUUCUCACCAUCGAAACUGAUGACUACUAAAUCUCCUGGAAUUUCCUUCUUAUCCUCAACCUUUACUACAUCCAUCUUUUCCUUCUGAUGGGGCCAAAAUAAAAGUCAAAUCCUAUUGCCCUCGGAAAAAUUGCUGUUGUGUUGGUCGUCAUUCCUCUUCUGGUUACGUUUAGCCUUAGGGAAAAUGCAUGAUGUUUACCUCUUGGUUUUAUUUGGUCAGUUUUAAUCUUUUGAAGAAAAAAAAAAUGAUGUUGUGAUAUUCUUAUUUACCAGAUGCAUUAUAUCUGUACAUUGUUUAAGUGGCACCCACUUAUGAACCAGUCAAGUCUAUAGAUGUUUUAAACUACUGCAAUCCAGUGUCAUCCCCUAUUUAUCAAAAUUCUUACUUGGGCCAACACAAGGAAAAUGAUAUUGAAAAAAAGAGCCCAGUUGCAACUAACUAUCUGUCGUGGAAGCCAACUUAGAAUUGGCAUAAAGGAGAUUUUUUUAAAUGAUCAAAUAUAGUGUUGUAAGCACGUUGGGUAUAUGCAAAGAUGAAUUCCGAUUUCUCCAACAUAUAUUAAUAAAAAAGGGGGGGUCUUUAUGUACAAUUACUGUAAAAAUUACCACAAAGCCUUAUGGAUAGAAGUUCUUCCUCUUGUAAUGAAACAUGGGACAUAAUGGGCAAUGUCAGAUAACUUGCUCUUCACACAGAUGUACUCUUUUGUAAACAGUUUAAUUUCUGCUCAACUGUAUGGAUUUUUCUGAUAUCAUUUAAAAAAUUAACUUUCAAAA